ACGCUGUCUUAUAAAUUUAUAAGCUGUUCCAUAUUGUAAAUAAUACGCGAAUACAAGCUGAAUAAACAGCUCUACAACUGCGAAAAACAUUCCAGCUAAGCAUAAAAAGCUUGGCUAAAAGCAGAGUGUCAAAAAGAUGAAGCAGCCGUUAACAGUUUUAAAAGGAUGCUUUUUUUGCCUUAAUUUUCUCUGGAUUCACAGACUGGUAACAGCUAUUGAUGUUACUGAGAAUCAAAGCGCACAACGUUAUCUGCAAGGGUUACCAAUCGGCAGUGGUAGCAAUGCGGAUCGACUGCAGCAAAUGCUGAAGGGUGUUGGAGCACCAAUUAAUUGGCCACAGCCCGCCAAGCCGGAAAUAACAGAUGUUAAGACUGAGCUCGCCAAACUAAAUACAACCUAUGUUUAUCAAAAUGAGUGGCCGGCGAAUAAUGUUCGACUAGGCGCUGUAACUGCGGUUAGCUUUGACAAAGCAGGCAACGUAGUCAUAUUUCAUAGAGUAAAUCGCAUUUGGUCACAGAGAACGUUCAACAAUGAAAAUGUUUACCAAGAAAAAAACCGUGGACCCAUCAGGGAAAGCACAGUGCUAGGUCUUGAGCCGGAUACGGGAAAGGUGCUGUAUGAUUGGGGUAAAAAUAUGUUCUAUAUGCCGCAUGGUCUGCACAUCGAUCCGGAAGAUAAUGUGUGGCUGACAGAUGUAGCGUUGCAUCAAGUGUUUAAGUUUCCACCACGUGGCGCAGGUGGCAGACCCCUACUGACACUAGGCACUGCCUUUCAUCCUGGCAAUGGCAUCAAAAAGUUUUGCAAACCCACUGCAGUGGCGGUGCUCAACAAUGGCGACUUUUUUGUAGCCGAUGGCUAUUGCAAUGCACGCAUUGUCAAGUACUCAAAGCAAGGCGAACAAAUCUUAGUGUGGGGUGAGAACUCAUUCUCAGGCUUUUCUUACGAUGUGGCACCGCCAAACUUCUUUGCUAUACCACAUGCAUUGACACUGGUGCCGGAGCUGGAACUACUCUGUGCUGCUGAUCGUGAAAAUGGACGUGUGCAGUGCUUCCAUUCCAUUAAUGGCACAUUUCACUCGCAGUAUCAUAAUCCGGUGAUUGGCGAUCGUCUCUUUAGCAUGGCAUAUACACCAGCAGCAGGUGGCGAGCUGGUGAUUGUUAAUGGACCCAGUGCUGAGGUGGGCGCCCAGCAGCAGCAUUAUAAUGAAGUGCAUGGCUUUGUGUUGAGCAUGCGAACGCGACAAUUGGUCUCAAAGUUUGGUCCCAACAAUUUACAAUUUGAGAACCCACAUGAUGUCGCUGUAACAGCAGAUGGAAAUGCCAUCUAUGUUGCUGAGUUAUCUCCCACGCGCAUUCACAAGUUCCUGCACAAGUCUGUGGCGAAGCCUAUGUCGCUAUCAGCCGUUAAAUCACUAAGCAGCUCCAACGAAGUAGCUGCCGCUGCGCCUGCAUCAAGUGGCAGUGGAGCAGAGACAGCAGCAGCACAUCAUCCAAGCGGGAAAGCUAUAUUGGUGGCUUCACUUAUGCUUGUCUUUGCUGGUUCCACGCUGGCAUUGGCGCUAAUGAUGGCGCGUCGCCGCAAACGAGGUAAUCAAGCAAUCAGCGCAGCGCCAGCUAGCGAUUUGGUCUAUCGCCAGUUGGCCGCGUCCAAUCAAAGUUGUUUGCCGUUCGGCACACACAAUCGCCGGCAUGCAUGGGAGAAGACCGAGGGCUUCAAGCUAGGCGGCCUACUGGAUCGCAAUGGCUUCGAGAAGCUCGAUCAGAAUGCCAGCGAUGAGGAGCACGAACAGCAGACAACAUCAAUCUCGCAGUACGCCUAAAGAAGCUGGAGUGCCUACAGCCAGGACCAAGAGACUUAACUAUUUUUUUAAAAGUUCUAACUAAGCAUUCCUAGUUCUAGUUCUACCUCAGUGAAUUUUUACUAAAUAGUUUUCAACUUAUGUUUUUUAAACUUAACUCUGUGUAUGCUUCCUCCAAAAGCAUUCCAACAUUAUUUAAUGCCCAUUUUGCCAAUUGUUUUAAAUACACAAUAUACAUGCAUAUACUAAUAUAAAA